GGAAAAUGGUAACCAAGCAACCAAAUUAUGUCCUGUUCUAACCAAUUAGUUACUUCCAAGAAGAGCGAUUUAGUUUAUGAUACGGCACGUAUUAAAUUAUAGUAACGAGGAAGCUACGCUUUGUAAUUUCUUUUUUAUAAUCAGGUUAUAACCUGAAGAUGUGGUACUAACAAUAAACAGUAAUGCAGAUUGGUAUAAUCCGAUGAUCAAUGCUUAUUUGGAUAAAGGAUAUCAAGUUAUUGCCAUUGAUUGGGGGAAAUAUGCUAAAAAUAUAUUGCAAUUCGUUAGUAAAUCUGAUCAUGUAGGAAACUUAGUUGGUGAAAUGAUUGUAAAUAUACACAAGACUAAAGGAGUUGACUUGAGUAACGUUCAUUUGAUUGGUCAUUCUAUGGGGGCUCAUGUUUCCGGAUAUGCAGCACGUUUUGUUUUUAGCCAAACUUCCUCACGUGUUGGCAGAAUAACCUCUUUAGAUGGUGCUUCAAAAACUGUUAUUCUUGGAAAAACCGCUUUAUCUCCAUCAGAUGCGGACUUUGUCGAUUCUAUCCAUACAAGUUUUACCGAUAAAUACGGCUCGGUUUCUUUCUUCGUAAACGGUGCUGUAGAUCAACCCGGAUGCGGUUCUUUAGAAAUUGAUUGUGGUCAUAAUAGAGCUCCAACUUACUACGUUGAAAGUAUAAACAGCAACGGAUUCGUAGCUGCAAAAUGCGAAAAUUGGUCGACUUUUACAUCCGGAUCUUGCGAUGGAAACGAAAAAGUUAUUAUGGGGGCUUAUACUCCUUCCUCAUCUUCUGGGGAUUAUUAUUUACGUACCAACAGCCAGUCUCCAUUUGCUUUGGGUUAAAAAAAUAUUCUUUUUAAAAUAACAAAAUAACAACAUGGUAUAUAUAUAAGUAUGUAGAUUUAUUUAAAAACAAAGUAAAUGUAAUAACAAAUACAAAAAUAAUAGUCUGCUUGUUUUUGUUUUGA